AUGCCGAGCCUGGUUCGUUUUGCGGUGCACACUACCUCUAUCAAACCGCGCCUGACGAGAGAGGCUGCAGUUCAUAGUCGGAAGAUCAGCCCAAGGAUGUUUACAAAGCAGAAGGCCAUGGCUAUACGCAAAGUCAAGUGUUAUGAUGGAAGGAGAAGUUUCGAGAUGGAUUCUAUUGUCAUUCAAAGCCAGCCCUUGAAAGAUUUUCUUGCCAAGGUGAUGAAGGGUUAUCCAGGGCUUACAUUUACCCUCACUAGGGUGGAGUUCAAGAGCCAUUUUGAACCGUGGGACAAUCUCUGUCAGGAGAGAGACAACAUUAAAGAUCCCAAGGUUAAAUCUCAUGUCGACUUGCUCUACGGCAUCCUGAAGGAGGAGCUAUCUGAUCUCAUAUCAGAGAUAAGCGACCUACUUAAGAGUGCUGUAAUGACACAUAAACUCAUCUGGGCGCUUUUUGAACCGGGAAAAGUUAUUUACUCGGUAAUCGAUGAUUGUCAACGUGCUUUUCUUUUCCUCUCCGGCGACUUUGACCCCAACCCCGACUAA